CUCCUCCCUCCCUCCCUUCCAGCCCGGCCCUCCCCCCUUCCUCCCCUUCCCCCCCCUGUGAUCCCCCUUCAGCAGGAGUGCUCUGCCGCGCGGCGUCUGGGACGUCACCUCCCGUCCGUCCGCCUCCGAAGUCACCAUGUCCUCGGUCAAGGUGUUCGUUCGCGUGCGGCCGUUUAACGGCCGCGAGAAGGCCGCCAAAUCCAAGCGCGUCAUCAGCAUGAACGGCCAGUCGACCACGAUCGAGCACAACGGCAAGCGCCAUGACUAUGCUUUCGACAACUCCUACUGGUCCUUCGAUGCCGAGGCGCCAAACUACGCAUCGCAGGAGAUCGUCUACCAGGAGAUCGGUGUCGAGAUGGUCAACCACUCGUUUGAUGGCUACAACUGUUGCCUGUUUGCCUAUGGCCAAACGGGUUCCGGUAAGUCCUACAGUAUGAUGGGCUAUGGCCCCGAGCGCGGCCUGAUUCCUCGAAUCUGCGAGGAGAUCUUCAGCCGCAUCGAGCAGAACUCCGAUCCUGAUCUCAACUACACUGUCGAGGUGAGCUAUCUGGAAAUUUACAACGAGAAAGUCAAGGAUCUCCUCAAUCCCAAGGGAUCUGACCAACUCCGUGUUCGCGAGCACAAAACCCUGGGCCCCUACGUCGAGGGCUUGGCCAAGGUCCUGGUUUCCUCCUUCGCCGACAUCGACCGUCUGAUGGAUGAGGGCAACAAGGCGCGCACGGUGGCCGCCACCAACAUGAACGAGACGUCCUCCCGGUCGCACGCCGUCUUCACCAUGAUCAUGACCCAGCGGCAGAAGGACCUUGCCACUGGCCUGGUGGCUGAGAAGGUGUCGAAGAUCGCGCUGGUGGAUUUGGCUGGUUCCGAGCGCGCCGAUUCCACCGGUGCCACUGGCGCUCGACUUCGCGAAGGGUCCAACAUCAACAAGUCCCUGACGGCCCUGGGCAUGGUCAUUUCCGCCCUGGCCGACAUGUCUGCCGAUCCCAAAAAGAAGAUCCACAUUCCGUACCGUGAUUCGGUGCUCACCUGGCUGCUGAAGGACAAUCUCGGUGGUAACUCCAAAACAUGCAUGUUGGCGGCUCUCUCGCCGGCCGAGAUCAAUUACGAUGAGACUCUGAGCACACUGCGCUACGCCGACCGCGCCAAGCGCAUUGUCAACAAGGCCACUGUCAACGAGGACCAGAAUGCUCGAAUGAUUCGUGAGCUGCGGGAGGAGGUGGCCCGCCUGCGCGCGCACCUAAUGUCCCACGGCAUCGAGCUGCCGGUGGUUGCCAGCCCGGCCAAGCCUGCUCCCGGAGUUGCCUCGCCCGCCGCCAAGCCGGCAACCAUUGCCACCGCUACCUCGGCAUCGGAGGCCUCAGCCGGCGGCCCGGUGUCGCCCUCUCCCUCCUCGGGUCAGCUGGCCGACGGCCUGAUGACUUCGCCCUCGGCUCUUCUGGCAUCUGGCUCCGAUCGUGACAUUGCCGCGCAGAUCCGCGCCUCCGAGCGUCUGGUCGAGGAGCUGAGCGAGUCUGUUGAGACGAAGCGUGAGCGCACCGAGGCCGUGGCCCGGUCCCGCGCCGAGGCGCUGGCCGACAUGGGUGUGUCCCUGGGCCCCGCCUCGCCGGCCGAGGGAUCGCCCGGCUUGGCCGAGGUGUCGGCCCCUCGACUCCAGCCGCAUCUGGUCAAUCUCAAUGAGGACCCCCUGAUGAACGAGUGUCUCCUGUAUAACUUGCGCCUGGGUGGCACCACGCUCGUGGGCUCGGAGCGCCCAGCGCACAUUGUUCUCGGUGGCGCCCGGAUGCUCAAGGAACACUGCAUUUUCGAGACCAGCGAGGAUGGUCUCUCGGUGCGCCUGCGCCUGGCGAGCCCGGAUGCGCCUGUUUACAUCAAUGGCAAGCCCUUGGCCGCGGAGGAUGGUGCCUCGAGUUCCGCGCCCGGGGCCGGCGCUUCGGCAGCCGCUGCCCCGGAGGCCGGCGACGAUGGUGCCACCAAGGCUGAGCCCGAUGACGCGGCCUCAGAGGCGAGCCCUCCCGCGGCGGCCGAUGCCACCGAGGAGGCUCCUCCCGCGGUUGACGCUGCCAAGCAGCCCGGCCCGAUGGGUGUCUUGUUGAAGUCCGGCGAUCGGCUGAUCUUCGGCUUGCACUAUGUCUUCCGCUUCACCAACCCGAUUGAGGUUCGCGCGCAGCGUGAGUCGGCGGCGGCGUCCACCACCACGGCGGCCACCGAGGGCGAGUCCCCCUCCUCGGGGGAGGCGGCGCAGCAGCCGAUCGCCGACUGGGCCUUUGCCCUGGAGGAGCUGCGCCAGCAGCAGCUGUCCGAGCAGAUGGCCGCCGUGGAGGCGGUGUCGGCCGAGCGUGAGGCGCGCAUUCGCGCCGAGGAGGAGCGUCUCGAGUCCGAGCGCCAGGCCGUGGCCGCCCAGGUGGCCGAGGUUCAAGCUCGGAUGCAGGAAAUCGAGAGCUCGAACUCGGCGCUGCGCGCGGCCGCCGCGGCCGCGGCCACCAACGGCACCUCUUCCCCGGCGGAGGAGCCCCCGGCCGAGCCGCCCUUGUCGCCGGAGCAGGCGGCCCUGGCCCGGCGGGCCCUGGUCGUUUGGAAGGCCUGUCGGCGGUCGACUCUCCGCCGGCGCAUGGCCCAAUUGACCCCGAUGCUGACCGAGGCGAAUGUCAUCUCGGCUGAGCUGAAUCGCGGUGUGGCCCUGCAGUUUGUCAUCUCGGACCCGGGCUCGCCAUUCUCCACCCCGGCGCAUGAUGCCGGCUUGGCUGGGGAUGUGGGCAGCCCGUGGGAGCAGGCCGGCCGCCUGUUGGCCCAGGCCGCCGCCGGGGCCACCAGUGAGCCCUCCAGUGAGUCGCAUCUCCCGGUGCUCCCGUCGCCGGAGCUGGCCAUCCGGGUGUACGAUUCGCGCCUGGGCCAGGUGCACCUUUGGUCGGAGGACAAGUUCCUGAUGAGCCUGCAUGCCAUGCGGGAUAUCUUCCAAGAUCCGACCUCCUUCACGAUCUUCAUCACGCAGAUGGCUCGCGCAUCGGGCGGCGGCACUGCCGGCGCCGCGGGUCUGGAUGCUUCGAACCGGCAAUUGGCCCGUCUGGCCGGGCCCGCCGCCGGCCCGGCCCCGGGCCCCGGCCUGACCCCGCGUCAGCUGGCCCUGUCGCGUGGUCCUGUCGGUCGUGCCGGCGGGCCCGCCAUGCACGAUCCCUUCUCCGCCUCCGGGUCUUGGUUCAGUCGCCUGGGCUCCGGCCACCUGUACCUGUGGCGUGUUCUCUCGACGCACAUGGCCUGGGCCGCGGGCGAGGCGGAUGAUCUGCUCCUGCUGGACACCGAGGUGUCGCUCUUCGAUGAGCAUGGCCGAGUGGUGGGCUUCGUCCGGGUUGCCCUGCACCGUGUGUCGCCGGAUGGCCUGCCGCCAGCCACAUCGGCCGAUGCCGACAUGUUGCCGGUGCGGGCGGAGCUUGGCUUCGCUGGUGAGCCCGGCGCGCCUGCCGCCCCUGCCACCCUCUCCGGCAAGGAUGAGGAUGUGGCCGGUGCCUCGCUGCAGCGUGGUCUCGUGGCUCGGGCGCUGUCAGCCAGCGGCCCGGCCGCCGAUGAGCCGGUUCUCCUUCGUCUGUCGGUCAGCGACAUUGUCCUCGACCUGGAGGGCGUCCACCCGGCGGACCAGUUUGCCUCGCUCUACAACCAGCAUGGCCAGGUGUCUCCGCCGACGGAGGCCUAUCUGAAUCUGCGCUUCGGCCAGACGGUCCUGGCCACGCCGCCCGGGGUCAUCCCGCUGCGGCCGCUGCAGGAGGCGGGACCCGGCGUGGGGUCCGGCGCCGACGACGGCGCGGCUCCCGCCUGGGUCCGGUAUCUGGAUCUGGGCCCGAUGUCGGCGUCCUUGGCCGAGGGGCUGGCCCUGUUGCAGAGCGGGUCCCCCCUGGCCGGGGGUGCCAUCGAGGUGGAUCUCUUCGGGCAUCUGCAAACGCCGAUCAAGUACAACCAUGCGCAGCUGGUGCGCCAGCUCGGCGUGACGCCUGCGGCCCCGGCCGUGCCGGUUAGUCCCACCUCGGCGGCGGCGGCGGCGCCCGACACCCCGCGUCCUCUGCCGGCCGGGGCCCUGCUCUCGGCGGCCUCCUACCAUACGCUGCUGCUUUGGGUUGAGGUCCUGGAGCAGGACUGGACGGGAGACUAUGCCUCGGUGCCGGUGUCCAUGGAGCCGCAUACCCUGGCCCAGGUGGAGGGCGAGGCCGACCCUCGGGGGCCCGUGACCGCGGCCGCGGUGGCCGGGCGCGAGUCUGCCACUCGCGGCAUCUUCCUCGUCCGCCAGGGUGUCCAGCGCCGCCUGCGCCUGUAUGUGGCGGUGGUUGGCCCCACCGGGCCGGUGUUGCUUCGGUCGCUGGCUCUCGGAGACGUGCCGGCCGAUCCGGCCGAUGGUCCGGCCCCCCAGCGCAUCCCCUUCCAUGUGGCCAUCGGCUCGGUGAAUGUCAACCGGAUCCGGUCCCUGGCGCCCGGGGCCGCUUCCAGCGGCGAUGGCGCCGCCGUCGGGUCUGCCACUGCCAUCGAUCUGCAGUCGGUGGCGCCCGAGUCGCCGGGGGCCAGCCCUGGAGCUGGACGCCCAGGCGGGCCGACUUGCGCCUCGGCCACCCUGUCCUGGGCCUCGGCGCUUCAUGACUCUCGCGUGCUGAGUCGCAUUGCCCUGGAGCCGACGGAGCUGGCCUCCGUCCAGUUGAAUGUCAGCCUCCACUUGAUCGGCGCCCCGGGCACGCCGGGGGGUCCGUCCCAGGUGGAAGUCGGCCCCGGGCAGCCGAGCAUCCACCUGCCCCGUGGCCCGCUCACCCUGUCGAAGGAGCUGCUGUUCCGUGUGUAUCCGCGUGAUGCGGCGGUCCUGCGCACCCCGCCUCCCCCGUCGGCGGGCCUGCUGGGGUCGCUGUUGGCAUCGCCGCGUGCGGCACAUGUGGCCAGCCGUGCGCGGUCCUUCUUCUCGGAUCUCUUCAGUGGCUCCGGCGGCGGGGAGGCCGCCUCGGCGUCGGGCCAGGCGGCGGCCGCCGCCUCGGCCGAGCUCGGAGCCCCGGCCAGCCGGACCGCCUCCCGGGUUACCGGGCUUUAUGAGUUGGCGCUGCUGCACAUGCCUCUCAAUAGCCGGGAGCUGGUGGCCCGGCCGCCGGUGCUGGCGUCCCCCUUCGGCACGGGGAAUACCCUCGUGACGUCGGCCUCGGCGUCGGCUGGUCCGCAUUAUUCGGCCCUCGGGGCCGGCCCGAGCUCCAUCUUGGCCCGGCCACGGUGCCUGGCCUUCGAUGAGACCUCUCGCCUUGGGGCAGUCGAUGCGGCCAGCAUGUCGGCGGGGGGCCCGGGGGCCGGUGCCGGAGCUCGCGGCGCCCGCGCUGGCGACCCCAGCCGGCCAUAUGUCCGCGGUGAGGAGGUCCUCCAGGGCUGGUGGAAGCCACUGAGCGCGGAGCUGGUGGAUUUGUCUCAGCGCCUGCGUGUCCGGGCCAAGGCCGCCGCGGCGGCUGAGCGCACUCGCCAGCUGCUGACCUCGCUGGAGCAAGAUCAAAUGGACCAGCUCGAGCAGAUGCUGGAAGCGGAUGACAUCGAGCCGCCGGUCGCCGGCCCCGCUUCGACCGAGACCCAGGAGGAGCGCCAGCAGCGUAUCCUGGCGCGUGUGGUCGCGCUGCUGGCACACCGAGCUGGCCGGAUGUCGGACAGCUCUGCCGAUCCGGCCUCCGGAUCGGCGGAGUCUGUCGCCGGAUCGGCCUCCGAGGGGGAAUCCCCCGCCAAGAGCGAGGACACUGUCGAUGCGGGCGCCGACGUCGACCCCAACCUCGGCAUCCAAGCCGAUGGGGUCGAAAUGAGUGACACCGCCGAAGCCGGCGCCGGCGCCGGCGCCGACGCCGACGCCGACACCGGUGAGCUGUCGCAGCCCGGGACACUGGGCUUCGCCAUCUACUCCGAUCUGGUGGAGACGGCCAAGCUUGAUCGCGCCACCUGCCAGGGCUACUUGAACCUGUUGGUCCCGGGGCCAGAUGCUCCAGGGGCUCCGGCCUUCCAGUGGGUCCGCCGGUACGCGGUCCUCCGUCGGCCGUAUCUCCUGACCUACACCAAUGCUGGUGACGCGUCGGAAUCGGCGGCCAUCCUGGUGUCGCACACGAUCGCCGACUACUGGCCGCUGCCGGCAGCGGCUCUGCCCACGGCGAUGGCCAGUUUGGCCGGUCCCCUGGCCCCCGGGCCGGCGGAUGUCUUUGUCCUGCAUGCUGCCCCUUCGGAGUCCAGGAGCUCUGGCGGUUCGGCCGGCGGAUCGGGCUUCCUCAUUCCGGCGGGGGUUGCCGGCGUUGAUGCGGCGGUUCCGCAGCAGCACGAGCCCGGCCGGUCGGACGUCCGGGUCAUUGCGCGCAGCCUCGACGCCACGACGUCCGACGCUUGGGUCACCGCGGCGGAUCCGCUGCGUGCCGGGUCCCGCGAGUCCGCCCUCGGCCUGGCCCGGCAUGAGGCGGUCCAGCGGGCCCGCGCCAACACCACUCUCAAUGGCAUCGGCCAGAUGGCCUCCACCAUGGGCUCCCCCGCGCGCGGGGGCCCCCCGACCACCGCUGGUACUGGCACCCACUACUGAGGGCAAUCCCCCCCCCCCCCUCCCUUCAUGAUGUCGUUCACACCGUGUGAGACAAACUGCGGCCCGAGAGGAUGUGAAGGAAAUACCCUCCGAGAGAAAGACACCCCUCCCCUGCUGCUCCAUCCGGCCUGCGCUUCCUCGCAUGCCCUUUCUCCCCCC